GAAAACCCUAGUUUGGAAUUCCCUUAUGAUUAUAUUGUCUUCUUAGACUAGAGUUUGCAUGCUGUUAUAUCUCUCACUCUGAGGUUUUGAAUUUCCCUUUUUUGUUUUUGGUAACUUAGUCAGUUAGGAAAUAGCUCUAAUGGAUGAAAAGGACCAAAUCACAUAUGCAGCUGAUAUCGUAUCAAUUAAAGAAGCUCACCGCCGCAUUGGCCCCUAUAUUCAUCGCACUCCGGUCCUUACUUCAGGGUCUUUAGAUUCUCUCGCUGGGAAGCAACUUUUUUUCAAAUGUGAAUGUUUCCAAAAAGGAGGAGCUUUUAAAAUUAGAGGUGCUACGAAUGCAGUACUUUCACUUGAAGAUGAUCAAGUUGCUAAAGGGGUUGUUACACACAGCAGUGGCAAUCAUGCUGCGGCAUUGUCCUUGGCUGCAAAACUACGUGGGAUUCCUGCUUAUAUUGUUAUACCAAAAAAUGCCCCAAAAUGUAAGGUUGACAAUGUCAAGCGCUAUGGAGGUCAGAUAAUUUGGAGUGAAACUACAGUUCAAUCAAGGGAGGCCGUUGCAAGUAAAGUACAACAAGAGACAGGUGCUGUUUUAGUUCACCCAUUCAAUGAUAAGCGCAUUAUAAGUGGGCAGGGUACCAUAUCCCUUGAGCUCCUAGAGCAAAUUCCUGAAAUUGAUUUGAUAAUUGUCCCCAUUAGUGGAGGUGGUUUAAUCUCUGGGGUGACACUGGGUGCCAAGGCAAUCAAACCUUCUAUUCGAAUUGUGGCCGCUGAGCCUAAAGGCGCCGAUGAUGCUGCUCAAUCCAAGGCAGCUGGAAGAAUUGUAACACUACCACAUACCAACACCAUCGCUGAUGGCCUUCGAGCUUUCCUCGGAGAUCUAACUUGGCCUGUUGUCCGAGACUUGGUAGAUGAUAUUAUAACUGUUGAUGAUAGAGAAAUUGUAGAAGCAAUGAAGUUGUGUUAUGAGAUUCUGAAGGUGGCUAUAGAGCCCAGCGGUGCAAUCGGUCUUGCAGCUGUUCUUUCGAACCAGUUCCGCAACAAUGCAGCAUGGAAGAACUGCAACAAGGUUGGAAUCAUCAUCUCCGGCGGCAAUCUUGAUCUCAAUGUGCUUUGGGAAUCAUUCAGUUAAAUGGAGGUUCAAUGUCUCUUUGCAAAUCAGAUAAGGCAUUGUUCAA